AUAAGGAACCCUCCAAGUAAGAGAGGAAAAGUUUCCCAAAUCUUUGUUAGAAUAAGAAGAUUUAGAUAUCUACUUGGGAUUUGAAUACAUUGAACACUUCUUCCUUUUUAUUAUAUUAUUUUAUUUUAUUUUUCCCCUUUGCGAUGAUGGCACAUGGGCGGCAAGGCAUGUGCCGUCUUUUCUGUGCGACUAUAUAAUGGUGCUCGAGAAGGCAAACCAGAUUCAUACUCAGCUCCUCUGUCUUCUCCUCUUCCAACUGUCAACUGUCUUUCAGUUGGUUCUACAGUUUGGUGGGCAGAUAGCUGACAAGAAGUGAGAACUCGUGGUCUCUUUAUUAUUGGACUGUAAUCUUCCUUGUUUUAUUUGCGAAGCAAGGGGACGAAGGUUUGUUGAUGGAGAGCAAGAGGCAGGUGGGUCCAUCUUCCUCACUUUCGGCUGAUAUUUUUGGCGAGAAGGAAUCGCCCCCUUCAUUGGGGACCUUCACGUCGAUUUUCCCGCCUCCUCAGACCGUAGCUGGGAGAAACCUGAGCCCCGAGCUUACAGGAUCUCCACCGAAGCAGUCACCGGGUAAUCAAGCAUGGAACAGCAGACAAGCUAAUUUCUCUGGGGGAGCAAGCGGGAACAUGCCCAGCCGGGAUGGCCCGAUUUUCGGGCAAGAGAGAGUGGAACCGUGUCACCUCAGCUCAUCCAUUUACUAUGGUGGUCAAGAUGUCUAUUCCCAGUCCCCAAGUACCCAGAAGCCGGGAUCAUAUCCCAUACAGUUCAAGAAAGACGGGGAAAAAGAUGAUCCAAAUGGCGCGAAUACAGAUGGUGCUUCAAGAGGAAACUGGUGGCAAGGUUCACUUUAUUACUAGAGCCUUGCCUUCCAAAGGGUGCCGAAGUCGGUAACUGUCUCUGAGGAAUUAAGAAGCUACAAGUACAACACAAGAUGCAGCAGUUUGGUACCAGACAGUGUUUGCGAAGCUCGGGAGGCGUUUGUACUUGGCAUUCAUGCUGUAAAAAUUAGUUGGACAGGAGACGUUGGAAAAGGCUUUAGUUUUGAGUCGCCUUUUAAUUGGACUGGUUAAUGUUUGCAAUUUAAGGUUGUGGAACACAUCCUUAACAACUUGUUCUGCACUUGUAUUAGUUUCCUAAUUCUAUUUCGGUGCCUUUCUUUCUAUACGAAGAUGAAUGUUCAAUA